CAAGACAAACGGGAGGGUGCGGGGUCAUGUAGCACGGUACCUUCGCCCUGUCGCUCUAUACAGACUUAAAAAAAUACUGCCUUUAAUGGCAGCUACUAACAGAGAGGCUAACAAAAUUACACAGACUUGCCCAAAGCGAAACCAGCGCAGUUAGCCAGAUGUGUCACAUAUCCCAAUCUGAGAGGAGCCUCUGGGUUUUCACAGAGUGGGAGGGGCCUGCAAAGAGGGAGACGAGAGGAAAGCAGGGGGGCAGUCCAUCCCUCUGUCCACUGCGGUGUUUUGGGGGAGGAGACAGGGCCAGGAAGUGGGAAAACUGAACCUCGGUGUGUUCGUACUGAUCAGCAAGCAGACAGGCUUCUACCGGGUCAGGAGGUAAGCAGACGGUACAGAAGGGCAGGCAGACGGGGCAGAACACAAGCAGGCAGUCAGAAAAAGGACAGCUGAGACAACGAUGAGGUGGAGGUCGGCUAUAAUGUUGGUCUUCUGGGCUCUGUGCCUGGUAAGAGGCGUGCGAGGCGUCGAAUUCCGCCAUCACCGUUACGAGGACAUGGUGCGGGCGCUGUUCAGCGUGCAGAACGAGUGUCCCUACAUCACCCGCAUCUACAGCAUCGGCCGCAGCGUGGAAGGCCGCCACCUCUACGUGCUGGAGUUCAGCGACAACCCUGGGAUCCACGAGGCACUGGAGCCGGAGUUCAAGUACGUGGGAAACAUGCAUGGCAAUGAGGUUCUGGGUCGUGAGCUCUUGAUCCAGUUCUCGCAGUUCCUCUGUGAGGAGUACAGAGCAGGAAACCACCGCAUCACCCAGCUGAUCCACGACACAAGGAUCCACAUUCUGCCAUCCAUGAACCCAGAUGGGUACGAGGUAGCCGCCAGGCAGGGUCCCGAGUUCAACGGCUACGUGACGGGCCGUGGCAACGCAAAGGACGUGGAUCUGAACCGCAACUUCCCCGACCUCAACGCCCUGCUCUACUACUACGAAAAGAGCAACGGGAAGAACCACCACUUCCCACUGCCAGACAACUGGGAAGAGCAGGUGGAACCGGAAACUAUGGCCGUUAUCAAGUGGAUGCAGAACUACAACUUCAUCCUGUCUGCCAACCUGCAUGGUGGAGCAGUGGUGGCCAACUACCCUUUUGACAAAUCUAGAGACCUCCGGAUUCGGGGCAAGACCACGUACUCGGCCACACCGGACGACAAGCUUUUCAAAAAGUUGGCAAAGUCCUACUCAUACGCCCACAGCUGGAUGCACAAGAGCUGGAACUGUGGGGAUUAUUUUGAAGAGGGUAUCACCAAUGGAGCCAGCUGGUACUCCCUUUCCAAAGGCAUGCAGGACUUCAACUACCUCUACAGCAACUGCUUCGAGAUCACCCUGGAGCUGAGCUGUGACAAGUUCCCGCCCGCCUCUGCCCUGCAGCGUGAAUGGCUGGGCAACAGAGAAGCUCUCGUGACUUACCUGGAGCAGGUUCACCACGGCAUCAAAGGCAUGGUCUACGAUGAAAACAGCAACCCGAUUGACAACGCUGUGAUCUCCGUGUCAGGGAUAAACCACGAUGUCACCAGUGGUGUUGAUGGGGACUAUUUCAGGCUACUGUUACCUGGUACCUACACGGUGACAGUAUCUGCACCUGGGUACCAGCCAAGCACAAGCACAGUGACAGUCGGUCCAGCUGAGGCUGUACAGUUACACUUCUACCUGAAACUUGUCCCAAAAGAAACAAAUUUCAACAAAAACCACCAUGGAAAGAGGGGGUCCCUUUCUGCCAAGCCCCCUCCAGUGUACCCGGGACCAAGAUGAGCCCAGCGUUAGCUGGGAGUUUAUCGGCUGAGCCCAAUGGCCCAAUGUUAGCUGGGAGUUUACCGGCUGAGACAAUCAGCUGAGGACAGUUUCUGAAGGAAACCUGCUUUCUUUAUAUUACCAAGCAAAUUGUAUAUUAAACCUCAAUUUGUUCAUGUACAUGUAAAGCUGAGAUUUUCCUAAAAAAUGCUUAUUUUGUUAAGCCUCCUGUAUUUAUGUGCUAUAGCUAUUUUGCGUGUUAUGUUUUGGGAGCUCACUCUGGAGGGACAGCUACAAGCCACCAAUGGACGGACAUUUGUGGACAUUACCACCACACUAAUGAAGAACAUCCUGGAGAAUGACCGUUAGAUCAACCGGUGCCUAACAUUUUACUGUAAACGUACCCUGUUGUGACUGUUCACCGGUGGUUUCAGCAAUCGCCGCUGCCUCAAGGUCUGUCCUUGAUGGGGGAUUUAAAAUAAAGAAAAGGCCCUGAAACUAAAGGAGUGUCACAAGACAGUGC